AUGCCGAGUACUUGGGUUGCCGAGCACGAGUACAAGUACUUGUACCUCCGAGUACAAGAACGGGUCUCCGAGUACGAGUACUUGUACUUCCGAGUACGAGUACGAGUACAAUUGAAAGCAACCAAUGCAGCCAUGUUGGAUCCCAAAGCCCCCCUGCGUCUGCUGUACGUCACCCCAGAGAAGAUCGCUAAGAGUAAACGCUUCAUGGCCCAGCUCCAGAAGUGUUACAUCAAGGGACGGCUGGCCAGGAUCGCUAUUGAUGAAGUGCACUGCUGCAGUCAGUGGGGGCACGACUUCAGGCCAGAUUAUAAGAUGCUGGGUGUCCUCAAGCGACAGUUUCCUGAGGUGCCCGUGCUGGGAUUGACUGCCACGGCUACAGCUGGUGUGCUUGAAGAUGUCAAGAGCUUGCUGAACCUGCACGCUUGCGUCAUACUCCGGUCCAGCUAUAACAGGGCUAAUCUGUUCUAUCAG